AUGGCAUUUUCAGCUUCCCUGACUGAGAUCCCAGCAGAGGCCAGCUGCCCUCGCUGUCUGGAUUACCUGAGAGAACCAGUGACCCUUGAGUGGGGGCACAACUUCUGUGACUCCUGCAUCCACCAGUGCUGGGUUGACCUCCAGGACGUCUUCCCGUGUCCCGUCUGCCUCCGCCACUGCCCUGACAGGAACUUCAAGAGGAACAAACAAUUGUGUCACAUCACAGAAGUCCUUAAGCAGCUCCCCACUGGAAGGAGCAAAAGGAAAUGGCAGGCAGAGGAACCCCUGUGUGAGAAGCACAAUGAGGCCGUGGACCUGUUCUGUGAGGAGGACCAGGAGCUGUUGUGUCCUCAGUGUCGAGUUUCCACUCACAACCAGGGUCACCACCUGAUCCCCACUGACAGAGCUGCAGAGAGUCAAAGGAAGAAGCUCAAAGGAUUCAUAGAACUUCUGAAGACAAAGAUGAGCGAUGCUAAGAAGGAGUGUGAAAAUCAAAUUGCACAGAGUGUGGGAGGGAGGUGGAAGAUAGCGUCUUGGAAAGGAGAACUACAAGCUGAACUUGAGCAAUUCAAACUUUCCUUGAGAGACGAGCAAUUUUCAAUUCAUGCCAGCUUGCUCAAUAGGGAGAGAGAGAUGGAAGAAAAGAUAGCGCAGAAUAAGAGUCAAAUUUUAAGCAGUAUGGACACGGUGAAAAAUCUCUUACGUGACAUAACAGAGAAGUGUUUGCAGGCUGACCAGGAUUUACUAGCAAGUGUUGAGAACCUUCAGAAGACUAAUGAUGUGAGCAUACUGGAGGAUAAUGUGGUAUGUGCUAUGUUUCCUUCCCCUGAUGUUGAAACGUUCACUGUAAAUAAAGCUUUUCGAACAUCUCCUAAAGCCUUCUUCCCCCCUGUCCCCUUUCCUGUUUGCCUGGGAAAACUGACAGGAGAGACUUUUGUAUCAAGUGAAUCUCUUAAGCCAAGCAAGUCCCUAGAAAUGCUAGAAUCAUCACCGCACCCCAGCCACUAG